CUGCCGUUUUCUUCAGACGACCUCCCUGUUCCAAAACACCACCCUUUCAGAUUCUCUCUCAAUCCGCCCCUCAAACCUUCCCUUGACACAACCAGAUUCUUAACACCCACUGAUUCUCUCCGAUGACGACGUACCGCCUCAGAACCUUCAUGCGCAACACUGCGCCGUUCCCGCUCCGCCGGCUCGCCCCUCCCUCCCCCUCGCCGUCCUCCGCCGCAAGCCCUGGGCCGCGGGAGGGUGAAUCCGGCGCCGGAAGCGCCGUAUACCGGCACGCCCUCCGAUUCCAGAGGCCGACCACCAUCCGAUGGCAAGCGCAGCUGGCGAACUCCGCCAGCUUCAUCGGAUCGGUCCUUUUCCCGCUGAGGCGAGUCUCGACGAGCGACGGCCGAUUCGGCGUCUCCACGGUGCUGCGCGUCCACAAGCCCGGCGAUUCGGGGCGCGGGUUUAGGAUAUCGCUGAAGAUGUGGGACGAGAUGGCUGAGACAUCGUGGAAGCAUUUAAGGCCAAAGGAUUUCGUGUAUGUUUCAGGUCAAUUGGGAAGCUACGAGAAGGCUUCUGAGGGUGGACAGAGCAGAACUUAUUAUGAGGUGAUUGUGAAAGAGUUAAACUAUGUCGCUCAAACUUGUAGAGACCAAUGUUUAUCCACAUCUGCAGAAUCGAAAUCAGGAGCUUUAUCUGAGAAGCGCAAAGAUCGCCUGCAGUUGUGGCAAAUCUUUUUUACCAAUCCAUAUGAAUGGUGGGAUAACAGAACGAGCAAGGUGAACCCAAGGCAACCUGAUUUUAAGCACAGGGAUACGGGUGAAGCCCUUUGGCUGUGCUCAGAUGAUCCUCCAUGGAUUCAAAGACAACUGGAGUUGCUUGAUUCACGAAUGGGAGAUAAAGGCCUACCAGGAAAUCAUUUUCCCCGCCGUAUCUCUCCAUGGGUGUAUGAUGAAUAGUGAUUCUUUUAUUGGCCAAGCCGAAGUGUUAAAGGGGACUUGAGAGGUUUUCCACUAUUCAACGAAGUGGAUAAUGUCCCCUAGAAAUUCUCCUGUGGCACUGAUGCAAGGCCUGUCCUUGGAAACAACAUUAUAGGAGCGGCAAAUUACCAUUCCCUGAUGGAAGGAGCGUAUAAUUUUUGCGGGACGCAAGUAUUUUCUCCUGAAAGUUGAAUUAUGAUUCAGCGUCUCCUUAUUUCUUGUGGACUUCACUGGACUGGACUGGUCAGAUGAUAUUUUCUGAAAGAUGUAUCUGGAUUCACUGAAGGUGUCUGUUAUGGAGCUCAUGAUGGUGGUCAGGGAAGUAGCGAAGAAACUCAAAGAUGAAUGGUGGUAAUCUCUGCAUUUCUGUGAUUCCUCCAAUUUUGAUUUUCCGAAGCUUCAAUAUAUAGUUUCCUCUGUCGAUUAAUUCUUUUGUAGUGCCUGUGAUGUCUAUGACCGCAAUUUACUACCUUGUCACAAAACUCAUUAAUUUUUUGCUCGUCAUACAUGAAAUUUGGUCAGUAAGUGAAUAGUGGACACGAAAAUUUCCUCUUUUUCUUGUUUAAUGUUGAGUUUGUGUUAAACGAAAAAGAACUACAA